AUGCGGGAUCCGCCACCGAGGCCGUUGCGGCCGGGCGAGGACCCGAGCCUGAGAGGAGGACGACGGCCGGCCACACUGAGAGAGCUCGCCGACUUUGCGGCCUCAAAGCUGCCGUACGUCGACGGAUCGACCCGCUGGAUGCGAUCAGCCCUCGAGCUCUACGCAGAAGCGACGACCUAUCGUCACAAUGACGACAACGAGAGUGCGUACAUCCUACUCGUCCGCUGCGCGAGGAUCUUGGAUGAACUCGAGGCGCACGAGAUUGACGUCUCGACGAGGAAUCGCUCAGAACAGCUGGGCUACCAGAUCAUGGACGACCUCAACCGGCUCAAGCUGCCGCUCGUCGCCGCCGUCGAUCGCUGGCAGGCCUACCAUCCGCAGGCGCAGCUCGGACAGCUCCCAGAGACCGCGUUCACACCCUUGCCAAGGAGGAGAGCUCCCGCCAGGCCAUCUGACCAGGUCAUCGUGCAACAGAUGGACCAGAUCCACCUCAGAUCCCCGCCCGUCCCGCCAGCUCAGCUUGCCUUUCCUUCGCCGUCGAUGAGCCGCUCUCGCUCAGAGGAUACCCGCCGGCCAUCACACUCCAGUUUGCCACACAAGGCUUCCCAUUCCAGCUUGCCCCGCUCAGAUCGCAGUAGCGCGCCCAAGCGAGAGCACCCGGUGGCCAGUCACAGAACGUUUACGAGCUCGUCUCAUGCUGUUGCGAGCAAGAUACCCUUGCGCUGGCUCGCACUGCCGAAGAAGCUGCCAAGCUCUUUCGUCUCGAUCGCCAAGCCAAACACAAAGCGCAAUCUCGAGACGUGCGGCCUGCUGUUGGGGCGACUGGAACGCAACGAGCUCCGCAUCACCACUUUGCUUGUGCCCAAACAGCGCGCGACCGCAGACACCUGUGCCACCACCCAUGAAGAAGAGAUACUCGCCUUCCAGACCAAGCACGACCUCCUCACACUCGGCUGGAUUCACACCCAUCCCGUCCAGAGCUGCUUCAUGUCAUCGCUCGAUCUACACACCCAGGCAAGCUACCAGGCGAUGUUGCCGGAGGCCAUCGCCGUCGUUUGCAGUCCAAAGUCGAAGCCAGAUCUCGGCUACUUUCGUCUCACCGAUCCACCAGGUCUGCAGACCAUCUUGCAUUGCAGAGCGAAGGACCUUUUCCAUCCCCAUGCUGCACUGCCUCUCUAUACCGACGCGCACGGUCAAGGCCAUCUUCGCAUCGUUGAUGAUCUGGCCUUCAGAGUCCACGACCUCCGGUAG